AGAAAGAGAAAGAAGAGUUUAGUUGUGAUUUUUUGGUGAGGGAGAAAGAAGUUUUUAUUAUUGAAUGAUUAGCUUUUGUAAUAAAUUUUAAUAGUGUCAGUUAAAUUGUUCAAAUUGUUUACUAUCAUAAAUAAACUAAUUGGUAUUUUUACCUGUUAUUGUUAUUUUCUUUGUGACCAAAAUGAGCUCAUCAGGCUCAAUGAGUAUGUCUGCUGAAGAGAAGCAGGCAGCCAUUGAACAAUUCUGCAAUUUCACUGGUGCGACAGAGAAUCGUGCAAAGGUUACUUUAGAAGCAUGCAAUUGGAACAUCGAACUAGCCGUCAACAUGCACGUUGAUGGUAUUGACACUGGUGAACCUGUUGAUGUAAUACCAACCACAGAACCUUCCUCAGAAGAUACCAUUGCUGGCAGUGGUAGUGGAAGAAACAAUAAUCUAACAAGAUUGAUUGAUUCCGCUCUAGGAGCAUCUUCUUCAUCUACUUCAACCUCAUCAUCAAAUGCCAUUGGAACUAGUGGAAUAUCUACUCCAUCAACAUCGUUAUUAAAUGAUGAUGACUCUGUCCGUCCACCUAUUCCUCCUGUGAGACAAGUUCUUGUAGAGGACGGAUUCCAUAACCAUAGACCUCGUAAUCAUACACAUUCUGUGUUUGAUGGUUUUCGCAACUUACGUGCUGAGACUAGUAUGUAUUUCUUUAUGACAUUAAUCGCUAUGGAUUCUUUAUUUCCCACUCACACUGUUUUUAUUUUUAUCUGCUUUACAGGAUGGCUUGAAGAAGGAGAAAGUGCAACAUCUAGCACUAAUCUUAACAAAAGAAGAACCUUAGAAGAACUUUUCCGUCCUCCAUUGGAUCUCAUGUUCAGAGGACCCAUGGACCAGGCUAGAGAUUUCGCUUCUCAAUCCAAUAAAUGGUUAAUGGUUAAUCUCCAGAACGUACAAGAAUUCGCUUGUCAAGUGCUGAAUAGAGAUCUUUGGAGUAACACAGCAGUCAAAGAAAUUAUUUCAGAACACUUCGUAUUUUGGCAAAUUUAUCACGACAGUUAUGAAGGAUCCAAGUACAUGCAAUUUUAUAAUGUUAUGCAAUUCCCGUAUAUAGCUAUUUUGGACCCUAGAACAGGAGAAAAAAUGAGAUCUUGGUCAAAUACAAUUGAUGCGGUCUCUUUUUGCGAGGUUAUCACAGAAUUUCUGAUGGAACAUCCCUCACCGAAUGGCCCAAGUGCCCCUGUAGAACAUGCUCCAUUACUUUCUAUUCCUAGAAAGCCAAAUCCAUAUGAAGAAACUGAAGAAAUGCAGUUAAGAGCCGCUAUUGCUGCUUCGUUGGAGGAAAAUCGUAAACCUGAUGGUUUAAAUAAUUGUAAAGUCGAUGACUCCGAUGAUGACAGUGAACUCGAAACAUUUGACUCCGAUACCGAAACAGGAUUCACCAGCAAAACUCCGAAGGAACCAAAGAACUCUUUAGUUGAAGAUAAACCUGAAGAAAAACCUCCAAGUCCAGAGUCAUGGGAAAAGUAUUUAGUUCCUGAAAGUAGUAGUUCGGCAGACAUAAUUAUUCGGUUCCCCGAUGGUAAACGAGAACGUAAAUCAUUUCCUUCACAAUCUCCUUUAAAAAUAUUAUAUCUUUACGUUUCUUCUAAAGGGUAUAGCAUGACCGAUUAUGAUCUGGUUAUUAAUUUUCCAAAGAAAAAUCUGAAAGAAUUCUCUGAAAACGAUUCUUUAUCAUCAGCGGGCCUAUGUCCAGGAAAUACUGUAUUUGUCCAUAUGAAAUCUUAACAUUAAUUAUCAUCUAACAAUUUUCACAUGAAAUAUUUUUGAACAGUAUUUAUAUUUCAUAAAAGUCAAUCCCGUUUCCGAAAUUUUGGAAAAUCCAACAAGAAAUGAGCAUCAAAAAGAGUUACAAGGCGACAAAAGAGUAAAACUGUUUUGACAGUGCAAAGGCAACUACUACCAUCUUCUCAAUCCUGCUAUUACCAUCAAAUUUUCGAUAAUUUGAACAAUUUAUUUGUCUAAUUAUUGAACGCAUUGUCAUUGUUUAGCUCGUCCAUUUAAAGGUUUAUUUACCCAUUACAGCUAAACUAAUUCAUUGUAACUACAAUCAUAAAUGUAUCAAUCAAGUUUAAGCUUUAAUUUACCAAUAAAUUUUCAUUAAGAUGCAAUAAAACAUCUAAAUAUUAUAAA